UAAUGUAAUAUGACAAAAAGAAGCUCAGUUUUAUUUAAACUUUUUCUUUCAACAUUCUUCUUUUUUUCCAACUUAGCCCUCUCUUUUCUUGCAACUUUUGCUCGGAAUUCUAUGCUUUGCUGAACCAUUGUUUUCUCUCUGCGAAAGUAAUGAGUAGCUUUUUGCUAUGUUAAGCUUUAGAUCUGUUAUAUGUUUAUGUGAGUCUUCUAUAUCUUUUGUGGUUUCUUUGAGAGCUUAAGCAGCCAUUGCCACAAGCUGAGCUUUUUUUCUCUAGUUCAAGAUUCUAACUUUGGAGCUAGUAAGUGAGAGAGAGAGAGAGGAAAAAAUUCGUUAAAAUGCUGGAGAUUGAAAGCCCUACGAGUCUCUGUUUCCGUGCAAACACUACUUGUAAUGCUCUGCUUCGAGAGCUUCAGAAAAUAUGGGUUGAUAUUGGUGAGAGUGAUGCUGAGAAAGACCGGAUGCUAAUGGAAUUGGAGAAGGAAUGUCUCGAAAUUUACAGGAGAAAAGUGGAUGAGGCUGCAAACUCUAAGGCACAGCUUCAUCAAUCAUUGGUAUCAAUUGAAGCUGAGAUUGCUUCUUUAGUGGCUGCUCUUGGAGUGUUAAACAUCCACUCACCGAUCAAAGCAAAGGAAGGUUCAAAAUCAUUGAAAGAAAAACUUGCUGCUGUGAGGCCAAUGCUUGAAGACUUAAGAUUGCUAAAAGAUGAAAGAAUGAAGCAAUUUGUGGAUAUAAAAGCGCAAAUUGAGAAGAUGAGUGGUGAAAUCUCUGGAUACAGUGACCAACUCAACAAAGCGAUGCUUGGUUCUUUGGCUCUUGAUGAACAAGACUUGACUCUUCGGAAGCUUAACGAGUAUCAAACACAUCUCCGCUCGCUCCAGAAAGAGAAGUCGGAUCGUCUGAACAAGGUUUUGGAUUAUGUGAAUGAGGUGCACACUCUAUGCGGUGUUCUUGGAGUCGACUUUGGUCAAACUGUUAGCGAGGUUCAUCCGAGCUUACAUAGGACUGACCAUGAGCAGUCUACAAACAUUUCUGAUGAUACAUUGGAUGGUCUACAACACAUGAUUGAUAAGCUGAAAACCGAAAAGAGAGUCCGGUUUCAAAAGUUAAAGGAUGUAGCAGGUUCACUUUUCGAGCUAUGGAAUCUAAUGGACACAUCUCAAGAAGAAAGAACAAAAUUUGCAAGAGUCAGUUAUGUUGUAAGAUCAUCUGAAUCUGAUAUCACUGAGCCAAAUAUCCUUUCUACUGAAACAAUUGAACAGGUGUCUGCAGAAGUAGACUCUUUUAAUAAGCUGAAAGCUAGCAGAAUGAAGGAACUUGUGAUGAAAAGAAGGUCUGAGUUAGAGAAUCUUUGCAGAUUGGCUCACAUUGAGGCUAACACAAGCACAUCUCUUGAAAAAUCAACUGCUUUGAUUGAUUCUGGAUUAGUGGACCCUUCAGAGCUUCUUACAAAUAUUGAAUUGCAUAUAAACAAAAUCAAAGAAGAAGCACAUAGCCGGAAAGAAAUAAUCGAUAGGAUUGACCGCUGGUUAUCUGCCUGUGAAGAGGAAAACUGGCUAGAAGAAUACAAUCAGGAUGAAACCCGGUAUAGCGCUGGAAGAGGUGGACAUGUAAACCUCAAGCAUGCAGAACGAGCCCGGAUCACAGUAAACAAGAUCCCAUCAAUGGUUGACAAUCUCAUCAAGAAAACGCUUCUAUGGGAGGACGAAACACGGAAAUCAUUUCUAUAUGAUGGUGUUCGAUUGGUAUCCAUACUUGAAGAUUAUAAAUUGACAAGGAAACAACAGGAAGAGGAAAAGAAACGAUACCGGGAUCAAAAGAAGAUGCAGGAUCUCUUAGUAAAGCGGAGGGAGUCAAUUUAUGGAUCAAAACCGAGUCCAAGAAGAAGCAACAGUGUAAAAAAGCCCAACGGAUACAAUGGGGAUGCAUCUGUGCCUCCUACGCCUCGCAGAAACUCAGCUGGAGCAACAAAUACCGACAUUAUGACCCCAAGAUCUUACUCGAGCCAUCGCCAAAACGGAUAUUUCAAGGAAGUAAGGAGACUCUCAACAGCUCCUUUGAACUAUGUGGCCGUACCAAAGGAAGACUCUGUCUCUACGUACACUUCGGUUUACGGCUCUGAACCAGAUUCACCGUUAUAUAACUAAGUCUCAUUAGGCAGCGCAGUUGGUUCAAUCACAAGAAGUGGAGAUGUAGUAGGAGUUGGGAGUUAGAUGAAUGUAAUCAAAAGGAAGAGUUACUGAUACAGAUCAAGUACAAGUAGUGGUCGUAUGUGUGUGACUUUGAGUUGACUUGUGACUGACUUUAGAGUAAUAGAAGAGUAGAAAAUGGAUGUUAUGUUCUUAUUAUAUAGUAGCUUCAAAAUUCUCUU